AUGAAGGAACAUUAUACCCAUAUGAAUACCUCAUACUUACCUAUAAUCGGUUAUCAAGGUGCUUAUACUGCCAAACGAAUGUACCAACAACCGCUGGCACAAAUUCCUAUUAAUUAUGCAACAGCAGCUAUUCCUAGAUAUGCACCAUUUGGUACUGAUUACACACCUGAUUAUUCAACGAAGAUAAUUGGUAGUCGAUAUGUAUCCAUUCCUGAAAUAGCUUCUAAUGCAUCUAAACAUCCAUCUCCAUUGUUAGCCAAAAAUAUUGAUCCCGAUUUAGCACCAACUAAGACGAUUCAACACGCUCAUGCUCAGGAUAGUCCUCAAUGGCCACAACAAACAAAGUCAAGAUUCGAUACAACAUAUCGUACUGAAUUUAUCAAUCGUAUUCGACAUCCGGAUCAAAUUGCAAAACCGAUUCGAAAUCUUCAAAGUUCAUUUAAUCAAUAUUCUGUUCUACCACCAAUUAAUACAGAAAUCGUUAAUAGAAAUAAUGAUAUUCCAAGAAGUAAUGCAUCUGCUCGGACUACUAGUACCGAUGUUCAAUCAGAGAAACAACCAUUUCGAGAUCAACAAAUGAAAUUUAAUGAAAGUAUGCCAAACGAUAUACCUCCAUUAAAUUUCAAUAAUAGUUCACAAAACUUUUAUGGUCAACCACCGCCACCACCGCCACCACAACAGCAACAGCAACAACAACAGCCAAUGAUUGAUAAUAUAGAUACCUAUAUGACUCAAGAACCUGUUCUAUUAACUGAUUAUGAAGAACAGCGGUUAGCUGAGCAAGUUUCUUAUCAAUUAGGAUAUUCAUCAGGCGUUGAAAAAUUAAAAGUAUUCUAUCAAGAAUUAACUGCAUAUGAUCCAAAUUUAACACGUUAUGUACAUUACUCAACAAUUCAAUUACUUGCUGCUCAAAUUGGCUUAGGUUUACAAGAUGAUACACUUCGUUUCUCUAUGUGCAAAUUUGUUGCACCAAAUCGACCACGCGGUUUCGUUAAUUAUGAAGAUAUGGUUCGAUACUUUGGCAGAUGUCUUGCCUAUACGAAUCCUCAUCAAUUAAGCCAGCAACGAAAUCCAAACUCAAGAUCAAGUAAUUCUAAUAAUGGUUCUUAUAAUCGAACGCCGAGUCCACAAAAACAGUAUCAAACACGAAUUCAAUCGAGUCUAACUAAUUUAACUGAUGAUGGCGAAAGAAAUUUUGAUCCUGAUGAACGAUUAGUUCGACUUUUAUUAAGACAAAAUUUGAGAAGCUUCGAACUCAAUGGUUCAAUUGAUUUUGAUAAACUAUAUCGUGAAUUAAAAGCCGUGGAUCGUAAUCAAACUGGUGUUUUAAAUCGGCAACAAAUAGAAGAAGUUGUUUAUAAAGUUCGCAUACCAUUACAACGCUCAUUGCUAUUUCAAAUACUCGAAAAACAUUGCCGAGCUUACUUAAGAUUAUAUAAAUGGGAAGCAUUCUUUCAAUAUUUAAAAGAACAAAUUCUUGACACUGGAGAUAGUCAAGAUCAAUUGAAUCAAAUUUCAACGCAAAAUUCUCCAACUCGUAAUCAAUGGCUUGAUCUAAUUCGAAAGGAAUAUAAGGAAACUGAUCGUCUGCGAGUUGUUGAACGAUUUAUUGCAAAUACCGAAGGAUCGCGAUUAGAAAGCCAUCAUCCAACAGCAUGGUUUGCGCGCUUUCUACGUCUUGCUAAUGCUAUGUAUACUCAUCGAGCUAGUACAAAUAGAGAUCAUGAUUUUCAAUUGCCUCGAGACGAAGCUCGUCGACUAUUUCGUGCCUAUAAUCAAGUAUGGGAUUUAAAAAUUGACGAUGAUAAAAUACAAAUCGUACUUAAUGCGUGUGCUCGUGGUGGAAAUACUGCUGUAGACGAUGCACUUAAACUACUUGCCAAAUGA